AUGAAAACGUUUGUAGAAGCAGAUAAUAUGCGUGAAAAACAAGAAGAUAUGCUUACAGGAGGAAUAAUGAGUGGGCAAAGUGGUUGGCGGGCAAAAAAAGCAGAAUUAAUGAAUGAGGCAGAACCCAAUACAAACACACCUCCUAUGAAGGAGAAGACGUGUGGUGAUUCUUUAAGCGACGAAGAACGAAUAACACAACAAUUGCGUGAAAUAAAGCUAAAAAUGGAGCAUCCUUCACAAGAAGCUGAUCAAACCAAAAAAAAUGUUCUUUCCAAGGACAAGGACAUAACAUUAAAGCUUGUUCAUAUGGGAAAUUCGAAUCCAAGCAUCCAUGACCAUACACGUUCUAUUUCAACAUCAACAGAUACUUCUUCAAUGAUAUCACCACUUACGCCUGUAGAAUUUGCAUCUUCGUAUGUAGCAUUUGCAGAAUCAGCAGAAAUAGCUCGAUUAAAAGCAGAAUUAAAAGCAUCACAACGACAAGUUCAGCAUCUUGAGGGAGAGGUAGCGCAAUCUAGGAUUGCAGCGCAUACAAUUAAUCAAGCAAUUAACCUCGCAAAUUCUGAUGAUAAUCAGCAUAAAUUAGAUUCAUCUCAAUUUAAUGAUUUUAGCAGAUAUUCUCAAACAACAAGUCCACAAAUGGGUUCAUGUUGGUCAGCGUCUUAUGGUGAUGAUUCUGUUGUGGAUUUUGAAUCAGAAGAAAACCUAGGGUCUGUAUUUCCUAGACGAAAUAAUAGUAGUACAUGGAAUUUUAUUCCUCGAUCAAAUAGUCCUCUCAAAAACACAACAACUAUAUCAUCAAACGAAAUACAAACAACAACUAGAUCUUCUCCAAUUUCAGUUCAGAAUUCCUCUGAAAUUGGACUAAUAAGGCCUUGGAAGAUGCAUCGCGCUUCUACAAGCAUUAGUGGGCCUCCAGUAAGCAGCGGGUUUAAUCAUUUUACUUUGGCGGGAAGAAGAGCAUCUACUGAUUCUGGCUAUGCUUCAUUUAGUAGUUUUGGUUCUCUUUCCAAUCAGCCUCCAUCUCCUGCUAUGUCUGCUGUCUCUACUGGUUCAUCUUCGGGAAUACCUCGUUUACCUAUGACUGUACCAUCUACUUUUAAUCCUUUACAAAUUUCAAAUGAUCACCAAGGAAACAUUUUACCAGGGAACGUUCCAAUAAAUCAACAUAUUUGGAAUUCUAACGCAUCCAUUUCUCAAUCUACACCAGGUUGUAUUCAGUCUCAAGAACCCAUUAACUAUCGCCGCCUUUUAGAUCGUAAUGCUGCAUAUAAUUGGCAGAUUAUUGUAGAUAGGAUUGUUUAUUAUAAUGAUCAGCAAGCUUCAAUAUUUCUUCAACAAAAACUUAAAUUGGCACCAGCAGAACAAAAGUAUGCUAUAAUUGAUGCUAUUGUUGCUCAAGCUUAUCCUUUAAUGUUAAAUCGCUUUGGAAAUUUUCUUGUACAACGAUGUUUUGAACAUGGUACUCAAGAACAUAUAGAUGGAAUUGCUUCUGCUAUUCGAGGAAAUGUGCUUACUCUUUCAAUGGAUGCUUUUGGAUGCCACGUUGUACAAAAGGCAUUUGAUAAUGUCGCCGAAGAUGUAAAAGCAACUAUGGUAAGCGAGUUGCUUCGUCGAAUUCCUGAAACUGUUACUCACCGUUAUGCUUGUCAUGUUUGGCAAAAACUUUUUGAAAUUCGCUGGGAGGGAUCUCCCCCAGCUAUUAUGAAAUAUGUAAAUGCAGCUCUUGAAGGCAUGUGGCAUGAUGUCGCUCUCGGAGAAACAGGAAGUUUAGUAGUACAAAACAUUUUUGAAAACUGUUUAGAAGAAGAUAAAAGACCAUGCAUUGAAGAAGUUUUAAGUAAAAUUGAUAUUAUUUCAAGAGGUCAAUGGGGUAAUUGGGUGAUUCAACAUAUGGUUGAGUAUGGUUCUCCGGCAGAUAAAGAAAGAGCAUUAUCACAUAUUCUUGAAAAUGCAGUUGCAUAUAGUGUCGAUCAAUUUGCUUCUAAAGUUGUAGAAAAAGCAAUCAAAGCAGGUGGCCCUGAUAUUUUAAAUCAAUAUCUAGCUAGAGUUACUGAAGGUCGACCUGAUAGGCCCCGUAUUCCUUUAAUUGAUAUAGCUUCUGAUCAAUAUGGAAACUAUCUUAUUCAACAUAUAUUACAGCAUGCAUCUCCUGCUCAUCGUGAUCAAGUAUCAGCACAAAUUCGAAAACAUAUGGUAUCAUUACGUGGAAGUAAAUAUGGACAAAAGGUCGCUUUUCAGGUAGAAAGGUGGAGAAGCCAUCAUCACCACUCAUCUUAUCACGGAACAUAUAAUAGUUAUUAA